UUUGGCCGACAAUCCCUGAGGACCCCACCGCCGCUGCUUCCUCCCUGCGCUGCUGUAUUCGACAUGGAGCUCUCGGAAUGGAUUCACACGGCACAUGCGCCUAUCAUCCUUUUGAACGCUUCCGACGAAGCCCAACGAAUAUGCCGAAAGAACGGGGGGCUCUCGGUGGAUCAACUGUUGAACGCGUUUGGAGUGUUUCCUCGCGCCGACACACCCGUUCGCACAAUCAACGGCCACAUUACGUUGCCCGAGCUGCGUCUGCGCUUCAUUAGCGCGUCCAAGUUUAAAACGUCGUCCUCGGAAGAAGCAGCCGUGAAACUGAACCAUGUCGUGGCGACGUCGGCGUCUUCGUUGAUGGCGCGAUCCGUCCUGCCGUUGGACCUUGCCCCGGUCACGACCGAGGACGACGUUGCCCCCUUUUUGCGCUCGAUUGGCGGAGACCCCAUGCCAUGGUACAGUGCGUUCAAGCACGAGGUCAUGGAGAGCUUCCAGUGCGACGACACGAGCAUGAUGUACCAUCCGCACGCGUUGUUGUUGGUCGUGUCGUCCACCGAGGCCGACCCCCGCGGCACGUUUCACCAAUUGGGAGCUCCCGCCAACCUCCCGUCGGUCUUCCACGACGGCCUGUAUGACACGAACGUGCCCAAGUACUACCUCGUCCUCCACGACGCGGUGGAGACGCAGCACACGUCCAUCGACGCUGGCGCGAUCUACCGCAAUUUGAACCUGCCGCCGAAUUCUGGGGGAGUGGUCCGGAUCAACUCGCUCUCGGCCCCCGUCGCCAACGACGUUUGGAGCCAUCAUCCGUACGUCCGGGGCCUCCGUCCGUCGGAGGAGGAGCAGCCGCUUCCGUACGGGUGCUUUCUCUCCGACGACGAUCGGUUGGCGCUGCGCACAAUGGUGUGGGAGUUUGGGGUCAAGUUUGUCUUGCCGGCGAUGGAAGCCAAGCUGUUGUCGCUCAACGAGACCGUGGCGGCCGUCCGCAAAGGCGUUCGAAACGCGCUCAAAGCAUGGUGGCGCAAACCCAAAGAAACGUCCGGUACCCUCAACCGCGUGUACUUGUAUCGGUUUGACAGCAUCGAGUCCAACAUGCGGCUUCUCGCGGACAUUGCAUUUGUCAUCCGCGACUACGACUUGGCGUACAACAUGUACAAGCUGGUGCGGGACGACUACAAGAAUGACAAGGCGUUGCUGCACUGCGCGCACGCUAGCGAGUCCAUCGCGCUCUGCCUGUACAUGAUGAAGGGGCCGCCCGCCGACAUCCACCACGCGCUCGACACGACGGCGGCCAUCUACGCCCGACUGCAGGUGGCAUCCCCGACGCUGUCCCUUGUACGCCACGCCGCCCGCACGGCGAUCCUAUCGAGCGAGAUCUUUAGCCACAUGUUGUCAGAGCACAUGGACGCGGCGUCGGCGGCGCUCAUCCGGGGCUCAAGCGCCACCGACCCCAAGCUAUCGGGGCUGGGUAUCUGCUCGGCCGUGUUUCUCGAACGCGCGGCGUACUGCGAUUUGCAGGCGCGGAACCCCAAGUUCCGCAAGUAUGGGUUCCGGAUGGUCAUGGCCGGACACGUGUACUCGCUACUGGGGUACGAACCCCACGCCGCACGGUGCUACAGCUGUGCGCGCGCCGUGUACGCCAACUCGCGGUGGCACCACGUGGACGAUCACAUCACGGGCACGUUGGCGAAGCAGCUGGUCGGCCUAGCCCUGCCCCAGCAAGCGAUUGCGCUGCUCUUGACACGGAUUGGGUCGGGGCGGCAUGCCAAAGGGCAGCAGCUGACGCUCUUGGCCGAGUUUUACGACCUCGUAUCCGAGUACUUGCAAGACCACAGUGCCGUGGGCAUUUCGAACUUUCACGUGAUGGACUCUGGCGGCCAAAGUGCCAAGGUGCUGCUCAUCAAAGCACUGGUCAUCCCAGCGAUCCACGACCCGUCCGUGGUGGUAUUUGCCCCUGCGAACGCGUUGGCCCUUGAUGACGUGGCAGCGUCACAACCUGGGCGGGACAAACUAGAUUGGAAGCAACAGCUCGAGUAUUUGCUGAUGAAAGAAGAACGCAUCGAGCAGUUGGCUACCACGUCCACCCAAUCGUCGUGGCUCGACUUGUCCGUGUCGUCGGCGGCGGCGCUGCAAUUGCCGCUGCCUCUUCGGGGAAGCAAAAAACACAAGCAUGCGACCGAUCCCCCCCCCGUGUACAUGGUCGGCGAGGCAGUGUACGUAGAGUUUACCGUCAAGAAUCCCCUAGCGGUCGAAGUCGUGUUAAAACAGCUGCAUCUGUUUGGCUCGGUGCAAGGUAGCAGUAGUUGUGCCACGUCGAUCGAUUUCCCCGUGUCACAGGACGAGAUGGGGGUAGCAGUUGUGACAGUGGAUCGCCAAGACAUUUCGCUGCCGCCGCACGCCGAAGCCGUCGUCCGUCUGAGUGUGGUGCCCCACGACGCCGGGGUCGUCCGGAUCCAGGGCGUGCGAUGGGCGUUGAAUGCGCACGUCCACGGCGAGCACACGUUCGACCUCCCGGGCAUGUUGCUGCAGGAUUCGCUCGAGAGCCGUGCCACCCGCGCCCGUGCCCCAAAUACUACCCUUGUGUGCGACAUUCAACCGGCCAUGCCUUGGCUCGGCGUGUCGUUCACUCGGGACGGAAAUCCGCUGCCGACGCCGCUCAUGUGUUUGGAAGGGGAAGUGCUGACGUUGGACCUCCAUGUGGCCAACAAGGGCUCGUACGCGCUGUCCCACCUGACCUUGGUGUGUUCUAGUUGGUUGUAUGUGGUCGAAGGAGUAGCAGCCGGGGGCGACGACGACGCCGCCGUCGUCACCUCCCGCGUGGUUGGCGCGUCGGGGCAUGUGACAACGUUGCCGACGCUCACGCUCAACCCAAACGAGUCCAAGUCGUUCAAAGUUCACUGCAGCAGUCGUACACUUGGCCCACAAAACGUUCGGUUUCUGUUUCGAUACGCCAACGCAAACAACUCGACGCGGCGCGUUGUGCCUGUGGAGUUUGACAUUGAAGUGCUCAAGGGCUUAACAGUGUCUCAUGCGAUUCAUCCAAGCUACAAUGACAUAACUGAAUACGUGCUCGCCCUCUCGAUUCACAAUGGCCGAAAAGACAGCGCGAAGGAACCUGUUCCGUCCAUGACGAUUCCAUCUGUGACAUCGUGGAGCUCGUCGUGGAAAAUCCAGCCGUUUCAGAACUCUUCCGACGCUCCGUCAUCGCUAGUGCCGCCGCGGCCAGCUAGUGUCUUGCAAUGGCAAGAGUCGAGUACGCUUUACUUUCGCGUGUCUCGUCGGGUCGACGGCGACGUGGCCAACACGGUCCGUCUCGGCGGAGAAGUUAGCCCAGUGUUGUUUCCGUGUGCCGAGUUUUUGUGUCUGGACCACGCUGCGUCGAGGAUAACGGCACUCAAACAGUCGAAAGCGCUGGCCACUGGCGGCUCCACGUCGUCGCAGUCGCAUGCGCUGCGGUCCAUUCAAAGCGUCCGUCGUGAAAACCAAGGCCAUCUGCAUCCGCCGACCAAAAACCACGGCGAGAUCACCGACAGUGGGCGCGUCAAGCCAACGUCGAGGGAGGCGCUCCUGGUGUCCCCCGAGACGGACUUGCAUUUGAUUGUGCUGUGGGAAGAAGGCACGGGGGCGGUGGGUACCGGCGUGCAAACAACAACCCCGCGGCGGCGGUGCGUAGGCCAAUCCAACCUCGUGCACGUCCCGAUCCGAUCGCCGGACUCGUCCACGGUGUGCCCGCUGACCAUGACGCUGUCGUAUCCCCGGCAUGUGGUGCUUGGCAACGCCGCUACCAACGUGGACGUGACGCUGCACAUUCGCAACAACGCGGCGCCAAACUCGCCCGGGAUCACGUUUACCCUCGAGAUGCUCGAGCCCGACGACGAACACCCGAGCGUCCGGACGUCGUCGUCUCCGUCGAGUCCGCGCGUGUUUUGGGCCGGCUGCACCCGCCAUACAUUUUGGAACGUGCAGCCGAAUGCGAGCGUCGACGUCCGUCUGUCGGCGUGCUUUGUCUCGGCGGGCAUCUACGACCUCAACCGAUUUCGAUUUGUGGUCGCGCGACCAGACAACCCAAAGCCGCUCACGGUGUUCUUCCCCGUCGAGUAUUUAAUUCAAGUGGCCACGGAAACAUACUAACACGAUAUCUACUAUAUAUAUAUAGUAGUACUAGUUAUGACUGUCUCUAUACGUACAGUAGUACUAGUAUAUUGCCCUUUUUACCCAAA